AUGGGCGCUGUGCUUGCAGCCGUGUGCCACGUGCUGUACGGGGAGCGGCUGGGGCUGCUGCAGGACUUUGUGGACCCCGAGGCGCAGCGCUUCAUCGACGCCGUGACCCUGAUGUUCCACACCACCUCACCCAUGCUCUACCUGCCACCCGCCGUCCUCCGCCACCUCAACGCCAAGACGUGGCGGGACCACGUCUGGGCCUGGGAUGCCAUUUUCAGCCAGGGUGAGCCCUCCUCCCGCCCGCACCUCCCUGCGUCACCCAAGACCCCUUUGAGGACUGGGCUUCAUAGCGAUACCAGGGCCUGCCCCUGCAGCCUCAUCAUUCAGGACAAGCUGCCCUUGGAUGACAUCAAAGCCAGCGUCACCGAGAUGAUGGCGGGCGGGGUGGACACGACCUCCAUGACGCUGCAGUGGGCCAUGUUCGAGCUGGCACGGUCCCCGGGGGUCCAGGAGCAGCUGCGGGCGGAGGUCCUGGCUGCUAAGCGGGAGGCAGCGGGGGACAGGGUGAAGAUGCUGAAAACCAUCCGGUUGCUCAAAGCCGCCGUCAAGGA